GCCUUCAUGUGUUGUUCUUCAUCAGUUUGUGUCACAACACAGUUCAAAAUAUUAACCGCAAUUAAAUGUACUGAUAUUGCAACGAUUUAAAGGCUGAUGUUAGAUCUGUAAAUUUUUGUUGUGGCAAAUCGAUCAAAGUUAUGACAAGUUCUUGCUACUUUUAUAAUUUGUGGUGUUUCAAGCCAAGUGUAAUUUUAUUAUCUACAUGAAAUGGAAACUGAAGAACAGAUAAGUGAAGACGGGGAAUUAGUGAAGAGCCCUACAAAACAUUCACCGAUACAGCUAUCUAAAGAUCCGUCAACUUUUCCUGUUUCCGAGGACGAAGAUGCCGAGGACACGGCGGACUCUCUAGACAUCAAACCCCCGCAGGCAGCCGUGGCGCACCACCACAAGACUGGUUCCCGCGGAGCCGCCAAGAGGGAGCGUGACAAGCACCACAAGGAUUCUCUCCGCGAACAUGUCCACCCCAGCAUCAAGUCUGAGGCCACGUCCAUCUCUCACAGGAAAAGCCACCACAGGUCUCACAGAGAACACAGGGAAGAACGGUUCAGAGAGAAGAGACAUCAUCGGCAGCGGCACGAGGGCCCGCGGGAGCACGACUUCCCCCCGCGGGCCAAGGCCAAGGAGAAGAGCGGAGGGGAGCGCAUGCUGGAGGACCUGCGGGAGCGGCUGCUGGACAAGCGUCGCGCGGGCGGCAAGCACGAGCGUCGCGAGCGGGAGCGUGAGCGCCGGGGGGAGGAGGAGGAGGCUGCGGCCAUGGCAGCCGCCGUGAGGGAGACCCCGCGGGAGAAGGCGGAGCGCGUGGAGCGCGAGAUGCGUCGCGAGAGGCUCCUGGAGGCAGGAGGCCCCCAUUUCCCCGGCCGGUCUGUAGCGGGGCGUGGUGUGGUCGCAGACCGGGAGAUGGUGCGGCAGAAGGAGGUGUACCGGCGGGAGCUGGAGGCCCGGCGGGAGCGGCACUACCUGGAGAAGGAGAAGGAGCGCACGCUGCGGGAGAUCCAGAAGCGGCGGGAGCGCAGCCGCAGCCAGGAGCGCAAGAAGAGGCGCCUGGAGGAGGGGGAGGAGGAGGACGACGAGAUGGAGGCCAAGGACAGGGAGGACGCCCGGGACGCUGAGGAGAAGAAGGACAAUGCGGAGGAGGGCAGCCUGGCCAGCCAGCUGGUGGUGGUGUCCAGCGAGUCGGAGAUGGACGAGGCGGACCCGGAGACCGAGGGCAAGCAGCAGGACGACGGGGCGAGCCCCGGGGAGGAGGGCGAGGACGAGGAGGAGGAGGCGGAGGAGGAGGAGGCGGAGGAGGAGGAGGAGGACGAUGACGAUGACGACGACGAGGAGGAGGAGGAGAGCUCCAGCAGCUCCGACACCGAGAACGACGACAGAGACACGGAUGUCUCGGGACCGCGCUCGGAGGAGGAGCAGCACUUCCACAGCCACGUGCGGUCGGUGUCGGGGGAGCGCAGCGGGGAGAACUCGCCCCUGGCCGUCGCGAGGAAGGACCGUCACGGGCCGGAGGAAGAGGAGGAGGAGGAGGAGGAGGAGGAGGAGGAGGAGGAGGACAUGGUGAAGAAGCAGGGUCCGCCGAGCCCGCCCCGGCCCCAGGACGCUCUCCUGAGCGAGAAGCAGGCGCUGCUGCCGCCGUACCUGCCCGCCGUGCAGGGCUGCCGCAGCGUGGACGAGUUCCAGUGCCUCAACAGGAUCGAAGAGGGUACCUACGGUGUGGUGUACAGGGCCAAAGACCUGCGUACACAGGAAGUUGUUGCACUGAAAAGGCUCAAGAUGGAAAAGGAAAAGGAAGGCUUUCCCAUUACUUCGCUGCGGGAAAUAAACACUUUACUCAAGGCUCAGCACGCCAACAUAGUGACUGUGAGGGAGAUAGUGGUGGGCAGCAACAUGGACAAGAUAUACAUUGUGAUGGACUACGUGGAGCACGACCUCAAGUCUCUCAUGGAGACCAUGAAGUCCAAGAAGCAGGUUUUCAUUCCUGGAGAGGUGAAGUGCCUGAUGCAGCAGCUGCUGCGUGCGGUCGCCCACCUCCACGACAACUGGAUCCUGCACCGCGACCUCAAGACCUCGAACCUGCUGCUCAGCCACAAGGGCAUCCUGAAGGUGGGCGACUUCGGGCUGGCGCGGGAGUACGGCUCGCCCCUCAAGCACUACACCCCCGUCGUGGUCACCCUGUGGUACCGCGCCCCGGAGCUGCUGCUCUGCUCCAAGGAGUACUCUACACCCAUAGACAUGUGGUCAGUGGGGUGCAUCUUCGGUGAAUUCAUUACAAUGGAGGCCCUGUUUCCUGGAAAGUCGGAAGUGGACCAGCUGAACAGAAUAUUUAAGGACCUGGGCACGCCCAACGAGAGAGUGUGGCCCGGCUACGACAGGCUGCCGGCCGUCCAGAGGAUGAACUUCUCGGCCUACCCCGUGAACCAGCUGCGGCAGCGCUUCGGCUCCACCAUGAUCACGGACACGGGCAUGGAGCUGAUGAACCGCUUCCUGACGUACGACCCGAGCCAGCGCGUCACGGCGGAGGAGGCGCUCAAGCACGAGUACUUCCGGGAGGCCCCGCUGCCCAUCGACCCGGCCAUGUUCCCCACGUGGCCGGCCAAGAGCGAGCUGGGGCACCGCAAGGCGGCGGCCGCCAGCCCCAAGCCGCCCCCGGGCGGAGCGGAGUACAAGCAGCUGGGUGACACCGACGAGGACAUGGGCUCCAUGGGCUUCCACAUGGGCGUCGUCGAGAAGGGGAGAGUGGCCCUGGGUCCGGGAUUCAGCCUCAAGUUUUGAAGUCCAGUGAACAAAGAAGAAAAAAAAAUGUUUAGUUAGUUUAUGGUCUACACCUCUUCUCUCCGGUGCCAAGUCGGUGACAUGUUUUUUUUUUUUUGAACUCAUUUUUUUUUGUAAUUCCUUGUUAGGACCAAAUCUUAAAUCUGUAAUCGCAGAUAUUUUUCAUUUCGCAUGACAGAUUGUAUGGAAGUCUUGUUUACAGGUUUUGAGUGCAGAAAGUAAACAUAACUCUUA